AUGGCUGCCGUCCCUGAGUCUCGAAGGGACAACCGUGAUUUCAAGCGGCAUCCGCAGCGAUCCCCGCAGCUGAAGGCCGCCCCAACUCCGAUGCCCGGCUCUGCUGGCCGCCGAAAUGCGCAGCCGCAUACCUUCUGUGUCGAACAGGAGGCCAGGGCCAGGCUGAAGGAGUAUGAGAUGACACCCGAGGUGAGGGAGCGCAUGAAUCGUUGCAUGUAUGCUCUGAAGGAAGUUGUGCUUCAAUUGGGCCCGAACUGGCGUGUUAGCCCUUUUGGCAGUGCCGCCAAUGGCUUUGGCACAAAGUUCUCGGACCUGGAUGCAACGUGCUAUGUGCACACCGAGGAGGGGAAGGAAGCGGAGCCACAGCAGCCAGCAGCUGAAGUUCUGAGUGAGCGCCUCGCACCCUUGUUGCGGGAGCACCCGGAGUUUACCAUGGCGCAGGAGGUUUUACAUGCUCGCGUGCCCAUCUUGAAGCUGUGCUUUGAGGGCAAGUUGGAGGUGGACCUCUCGUGCCACAAUACGUUACCCUUGCAAAAUACCAUGUUGCUGAAGGCCUAUUCCAUGCUGGAUGACAGGGUGCGGGAUCUGGUGAUCCUGGUAAAGUUGUGGGCGAAGGAGAAGGAAGUUUGUGGUGCAUCUCGCUCACACCUGUCGUCGUAUGCCCUGACGCUGAUGGCCAUCUACUUCAUGCAGGUGCACCCCAAGAUCCAACUGCCCAUGCUGCCCCCGCAAGCUUUCAAGGAAGGGAGCAAGGUCGACGUCGCCUCCAAGUUAGAGGCCGCCCGCAGCUCUUGGAAAUGUCCCCAGAACCUGGGACAAUUCGUCCGCCGGUUCUUUCACUUCUACACCUCGGAGUUCAGCUGGGGCUCCGAGGUCGUCUCCGUCCGCCUUCCAAACCGCCUGGACGCAUCUGAGACUCAUCUGCUGAAGCUGAAGGGAAGGAAUUUUCGACGACUGCAUGUAGAGGACCCAGUGGACGAGACGCGCAAUCUCAAUUGCGUACUUGGUGACAUUCAGGAAGGGGAACUACGAAGAGCUUUGGAGGAGACAUACUUUCGCAUGCAACAGGGAGAGCCGGUGAGCCUUGGCACCCCACUACAGAAGGUCCGAAAUGAGGAAUAUGCCGGAGCUGACCUGGCAUCCAGCCCUGGGCGCACGCCAAUCAAGGUCUUUGAGCAUCUCCUGCAAAGCUGCCCAGAAGAGGCAGAGGCUCUGCCUCCUGCCGUCAUGGUGCAGGCGGCCCACCGACGAGAAGCCGAGGCCUUGCUCAACAACCGUCAGCACAGCCUGUCGGAGGUGCAAUCGCGGGAGCAAGGGGGGUUGAAGUUCAGUAGAAGGUCGAGCUUGCAAGGUUGA